AUGCGCCCCGAAGACCCCGCGCCGAGAUGCGCGUGCGACGGAUGUUCAUCGUGCUCGUCCUCCGCACGUGAAGACUCUGGACGCUCGCUCGUGUCGUCGUCAUCGCUCAUCCAGAGCGCACUCACCGGUUCACUCCUCCAGGCGCGCUCGUCGCAGCUCGUGUCGACGUCGAGAUGCUCGAACGAGCCGCAGCGAUACGUGAACCGCGAUAAGCAGCGUGGCAUCACGCGCGAAGGUCACAGAGCGUUGUGCAAACCGUGUCUCAGGAGACGAGAACGUGUGCGCACGCAGCUCAAGCUCAAGCGCGGGGCGCCUGAUGGGAACACCGCCACGGGUUCGACGCACAAGGCGGCCGCCAUGAAAUCGGCGAACACCGCGACGCAGAAACGUGCGAGCAUCGUUUUAUUCGGCGAUUCGCUCACGGAGCGGUCUUUUGAAGUCGGUGGAUUCGGUGCUCGAAUGCAGCACGAGUUUCGCCGCUGUGUAGACGUCAAGGCGCGCGGCUACAGUGGGUAUAACACCGAUCACGCCGUUUCGAUGCUCGAUCAAGUCUUUACUAGUGAAGAACCAUCGCCGGUGCUGGUGACGGUUCUAUUCGGCUCGAACGACGCGUGCGAUGGGAAAUCGCCUGCGGGUGCCGUCCAGCACGUUCCAGUCGAACGAUACGAGAAGAACCUCGUGCGCAUCGCAGAGAGUGUUCUGCGUCUCAAACCAUCGCCUCGCCUGUUGUUCAUCACGCCGCCGCCAGUGGACGACGACGCAUGGGCUAUGGAUUGCGCAAUAAGGGCCGCACAGCCCGGUUCUGGAUUCGGCACGUUAUUGGCGGGCUCGACCUCGGCGCCGAACAGGACGACGGCGCUUGUGAAACCGUACGUGGAAGCGAUGAAGCGAGUUGCUCACUCGAUCUCUAUCCCAGUCGUUGACUUGUACGACUCGUUGCAGUCUUCCAUCGGCGGCAACGUCGAUUCCACGGCUUUCGUGGAUGGUCUGCAUUUCAGCGAAAUAGGACAGCGACGCGUGGCUGAGUUGAUUAUCAACGCGGUGCGCGAGCACUUUCCGCGGCUCGCUGCCAUGGCGUCAGAUUCAGUGAAGUGCGACUACCCGGACUGGAAGUAUCUCGAUCUUCGCGGUGAUCGCACGGUGCACGCGAGACAAAUUACGACGUACUACGAUCACGCCGAUAGAAUUCCAGUGGAUGAUGGCUAUUAG